AUGUUGAUGGAUUCGAUAGCGAGCAGAUUACACUCUAUCACGGGUGCACCGGAAGACCAGAUCAAGGUGUUUAUCUUCUUCACAUUAAACUACCCCUUGGGUCAUCUCUACAUCCGCAUACCGAACGAGCUACCUGCCCUGCGACACAUCUUUAGCAUCUUCAUCUCGCUUUACGCUCUCCUUGAGCUGAAACUGUACAGCGGCAUUGCCCACGAGCUCUUCAGCAUUUCUGGCGUUUGGGUGCUCUUGCGAUGGAAGCACAAGUAUAUGCCAUGGGCGGUCUUUUUCUUUGCCAUGGUGCAUUUGAUGUACAAUCACCUAUACCGCAUUUGGUUCCACCUCAGCGUUGAGAACUUCGACAUUACAUUCAGUCAAAUGGUACUUGUCAUGAAAAUCACUACCCUCGCUUGGAAUAUACAUGACGGGAGGCAACCGGAUGAGUUCCUUGACCAACAACAAAAGGAAAGUAGGGUCGUACAGUUCCCGUCGCUGCUGGAGUAUUUGGGAUAUUGCUUCUACUUCCCGGGAUUUCUGGUCGGACCAUCCUGCGACUUCCAUACAUACCGGGCCCUCUGUUCUGGCACUCUUUACACACCACGGGAAGGCAAGGCCGUACCUGCUGUUACCGUACUCGAGGGCCGAAAGCGCUCGGCGUAUUAUCACAUGGCGAUUGGCGCUGUCAAUAUUGUGAUAUGGCUGACUUGCAAUUCGAGAGUCAACUAUUUCCAGGUGAUGCAGGAGGGCUGGGAGAAACAAGCGUUUGUCAAGCGUGUCUUCCUCGUGCAGUUGAUGGGCAUCGUCCAGCGUACCAAGUACUACGGCGCCUGGAAGCUGUCUGAAGGUGCCGCAAUCCUGACAGGCCUAGGAUUCAACGGUUACACUAGGGAUGGGAAAACCCUCUGGAAUCGGGCAACGAACGUCAAUAUCCUCAACGUCGAAUUUGCUCCGAACAUCAAACUUCUUCUUGACAACUGGAACGUGAAUACAAACGUUUGGCUCAGGCAUUGUGUCUACAAACGCGUGACUCCUAGGGGAAAGAAACCUGGUUUCAGGAGUAGUAUGCUUACUUUCCUCGUCAGCGCCCUAUGGCAUGGGUCCGAAUCGGGUUAUUACCUGACCUUCAUACAAGGGGGCUUUGUUCAAACAGUGGCAAGAAUGAUGCGGAGCUGUGUGCGCCCAUUCUUGCUGCCACCAGUUGUCGAAAUAAGGAGGGCAACUACUGAUACAGAACCCUCGACUCGCGCUGCCACCCCAGCUCCCGAAGACGGAGUCUCUCCGGUACCAGGCACACCGAUUUCUGGCGUGCCAGGUUCUUCUGGUGGAAAGGUUUUCGUACCACCGCCGCCACCCCCGACAUUGAUCAAACGGAUCUACGACAUCCUGGGUAUGAUCUGCACGUCCAUGGAGCUGAACUACUGCGCAGCCCCAUUCAUUCUUCUCACGGCCAAAAACUCCCUCCUCGGUUGGGGCAAGAUGGGCUGGUAUGGGACAUGGAUGUCGUUCGUACCACUGUUGUUCUUCUGGCUUGGUGGGAGGCCCUUCCUACUUGGAAAGCUGAAGCAGAGAGCGGAGAAGGAGAAACGCAGAUUGGAGAGGAUCGAGCAUCUCCCUGGUGUGGUGGUCGUACCGCCCAGCCCGGUAAUAACCAAGGCCGACGAGGUAGAAGAGUUUGUGGACCAGGGUUGGACGGCGACCAAAUUGGAUUGAGGGGUGGUACUGGGCAUUACACUGGAUAUAACUUACACUUUGC